UGGUCCGGGUGGUGUUCGGUGCAAUCGGUGCAGCGGAGUGUGGACUGUCGGGAGUCUGUCCGGAGGCUGUCGGGAGUCUGUCGGGAGUCUGUCGGGAGGCUGUCGAGAGGCUGUCGGACCGCUAUCAGGGUCCGGCGCACGCGCGGGGAGUCGGCCGACGGUCGGCGGCCGGCGGACAUGGCCGCUCAGUGCCCGCGACGCCGCGCUGCCGUCACACGUGCACGCGUCUCGUCUCUCGCUAACCACAUCGCUCCGAAUAAGUUCGAAUAUUGAAAUACUCGCGUGUGAUUCCGAUCCCCGGUCCGCCGAGUGUUUUCUCCCGCUUUUCCGAGUGUUACUGUGCAGUUUCUAAUGAACGAUCAGUUAACGGAAUACGGAAACUUUGAUCUAUAAUUAAGGUGUUACGGCCGGGGCUCGUGCGGGGGGGUGAUGCGCGUCGCGCGCAGCGGCGUGCGCAGGCGCCGCGAGUAGCCGCGACCAUGCGGGGCCCGCGCACCGCACACGCCGCCCACCUGCUCACUCUCGCCGUCCUGCUCACACACUACACCGCAUCCUCCGCCUUCAGCCCAGUCAUCAAAGGUCAACGUGCAUCUUGCUCGAACGAGGGCGAAGCGGUCCGGCUGGAACAAGACUUCAGCACUUGCUUCCGUUGUAUCUGUAAGAACGGCUUCGUGGAGUGCUGGAAGCCGCACUCCUCCUCGGAGUGCAGCUUGAUGGAGGACUGCGCUGUGGUGAUGCCGCGCGAGGGCUGCUGCCUCCGCUGCAAAGGCUGCUGGUACAACGGCACGGAGCACGCUUCGCACACUGAGUGGGGGGAAGGGGGGAGGCUGCUUCGCUGCGAGGCCGGCGUGGUGACCGUCAGCCGGCCGGAGUGCUACGCGCCGUGCGACAGACCGAAGCAUCAGCGGCACACGCAUUACAACUGCCCGAUAUGUGACGAAUGCGUCAUCAACGGUCAGCGCGUGUCGGAGGGUCGCGACGUGGUGAUCCCCGAGGAACCGUGCCUGUCGUGUCGCUGUGUGCACGGUGCGCUGUCGUGCGCUAAGCGCGCCUGUCCCGUUCUGCCCUGCGUCGCCAGCCAGCAGUACAAGAAGCCGGGGGAGUGCUGCCCGCGGUGCUUGCACCCGAUCGCUGAUAAGAUCUUACCGAUUUCAGGCAUCUCCGACUUGAAACCAUGCGUAAUGGGCAAGGAGUACCACAGCCAUCUCAGCGCGUUCCGAGUGGACCCCUGUACGGACUGCACCUGUAUGAACGGCACAUCAGUGUGCACGAGACAGACCUGCCCAGUCCUCACCUGCGGAGCCCGAGCCCUCCCCCCACCCCCGGAUAAAUGCUGCCCGGAAUGCCCCAACAUUGAAGAGGCGAAAGCCGCUUGCGUUGUAGGUGGAAAAACUUAUCAGGAUGGCGAAACUUGGCAGUUGGACGCGUGCAAGUCCUGCGAGUGUCAUGGAGGAGAGCCGCGGUGUGCCAUGGAGCAGUGUCCAACCUUAACUUGUGCCCCGGAUCAGGUCCUAAAGCUGUUACCCGGACAAUGCUGCCCCAAAUGCGAGGACAGGGAUGGCAUCUGCACCGUCUUCGGAGACCCACACUACAAGACAUUCGAUGGCAAAUUCUACAGCUUCCAGGGAUCGUGCAAGUAUCAGCUGGUAUCGGACUGCAAGAACCACACGUUCUCGAUAAGAAUAUCCAACGACGCCCGCAACACCACACACUCCUCGUGGACCCGCACCGCGACGCUCCGGAUAGGCUCCACCAAAAUCAACAUGGGCAAGAAGAUGCGGAUAAAAGUUAACGGCCAAAGAAUAUCGAUCCCUCACAAGAUAGACGGUGUCGCGGAGAUAACCCGCAGCAACGGAGCGGUUACCCUGACCUCCGACAUCGGUGUGCAGAUCCUAUGGGACGGCGACGGGUUCCUGGAGGUGACCGUCUCCAGAUCUUACAAGGGUAAACUAUGCGGGCUCUGCGGCAACUUCAACUCGGUGGCCAGGGACGACAUGCGGACUCGAGACGGCAGGCUGGUGAACGACACGUGGCGGUUCGGGUCCUCCUGGAGAAUCGGCGGCCGUCACGCCUGCACGAGACGCCAGGAGCGGCCCGGCGCUAACAUACGGUGUCGCCAGUCGAAGCUGACGAAGGUUCGACGACUGUGUCGGGAGUUCGAGCGGCAUGAGGUGUUCACGGAGUGCGGUACCAAAGUGAACCCGCACAACUACAAGGAGGCGUGUCUUCUGGACGCGUGCGGCUGCACCGGGGUAAGGUGCCACUGCGCAGCGUACAGAGCCUACGCCAGGGAGUGCACUCGAGUCGGCGCGGAGCCUCGCAACUGGCUGCAGGCCGUGUGGUGCGAAGGCCCACCGCCGCCCUGGCUCAGUCGAGGAAGAAAAGGGAUGAACCGGGCUAACAAAUCCAAAGAUCCAAACCAGAGUCUGUUGGAGUUGGGCUCUAUCCCCAAGCGGAACUCCAGUCGCUCUCGGCCCCCACCGCCUAUAUUACAAUAGUUAGAUAAGGGCAACCGACAUACCUACUAGUCAUUGUGCCAUCGUGGCAUAACAAGAGUGUAUCGGAAGGAUAGUGAAGCGUGUGCGAGCAGUUGACGUGCGUGAGGAAUCAAGAUCUUUUACUUGAGCAGUAUUCGUAAUCUACUUAUAAUUUUACUUUAAAUAUUACAAUUUAUUGCCUCGCAGAUAUUUUUUCAAAUGCGGCAAUAGACAAUGUAAAAUAGACAAUGUUAUAUAUUUUAGAUUAAUUUAUUUCAACGUAUCGUGGAUGUUAAAGGUAUAUAACGUAAAACCUAGUAUACAGUUAUAUUAAUCUUGUAAGAUUCUAGCUUUUACAUGAGUAUGUUACGCGUAGAUGCGACUCGGCUAUUUAUCAAAAAUUGUGAUAAUUAGUUUUUGCAUUUGACUUCAGAUCGGUUAAUAGUUCAAAGUGAGAUCUCAUUUAGUUAGUUUAUGAAAUCUUAUACGAAACAUCCGAAGCAUAGAUGCUAAUAAGAUUCUAAUGUAAAAAGUUUGUUUUCUAGAAUGAGUUCUCUUUACGUCUUACGUUAAGUUUAUUCUGAAACUGAAUGUGUUUUUACUUAACUAAGUAAUAUAAUGUAACUUAAUAAAUUUAAAAAAAUGUAUAAUUGUAUUGAGAGAAGUAUGACAAAGAUCGAGCUUUAUUGAGAACUUUGCAGAACAACCAAAUAGCUCCUUUUGAUGAGACUUGUAACGUAAAAAUAACUACAUAAUAUAAUAUUCUAAUGAAUUAAAAAUUACAGAAAUGUGCAUUAGGUUUUCUGUCCCACCUUAUGGUACAACGGACAUUUAGUUUCAGAAUAGAACUACACAAACUUGUAGUAAUAUUUUGACAAGUGUAUCAUCUGUACAUAAUUUGAUCUAUUCCACUUAUUUUACUUUUAUUUUAAGUUACACUUUAAGUUAAUAUUAGAAUUAUUUGUACUUUAAGUAUGAAAGCGUUACCAAUGAAUUUAAAUUGACGUGUGGUUCUUAAAUUUUAUUGAUAUAAUUUUUUGUAGAGUCCUUUCUGUCUGCAAUUAACAAAAGUAGACAUCUUUUUAGAAAAGUAACUAUAAUUUUAUAUACUUUUCGAUCUUACUU